AGCGUUGCUCCAUAUGCUGUCCAUAGGUUCAAAGGGCAUUCCGAACUCACGGAAGCACGAAAUCACUCGCGUUUUCACUCUGCGCCUGAGAAUACCUUGGCUUUUUGGACCUCGGGGCUUUCCAUACGUUGAUAAACAUGGCGCCGGCCUGUAUCCGUGCUGAAGUUAUCACAUUUUCCUCAUGAAAUGGACAUAACUAAUAAAUAGGGUUCGUUCUAAUGACAUACAGCAAAUACAAGACGGGAAAAGAGAAAAGGGUAGGAAAGACGGACAUUUAAAAUGGGCCUUCGUUAUCUGCUAGCCGGUGUCCCCGGAUCUUCUUAUUUUGGAGCGCAGCGCUGCAUUCGGUUCAUAUUCAGGACAAAUGCCGCUCCGCUGCGGACUGCGGUCGGAACCGCUGCGAUGCAGGACGGGAGUGUGGCACACCUUACCGCCUGGGCUGCGACUUCGCGGUCUUUACCCUCAGUAUCAUCGCUCGGACGGAACUACCGCUGCGACUGGUUCUGUGUAACGAAAAGACUAUGCAGCCGCACACUGAAUUCCGGAAGUACCGCUGCAAAAAAGUUCUGCUUGGCUGAGCUGGGCUCGGCUGUCGCUGCCCGUCAGCGCGCGCAUGCCCACAGGCCGUGCUGGAGCGCGACUCCUGCCCGUUUCCAUUCGACGUCCACUGCCGUUGCCAAAGACGUGGUUCUGUUUGAGCACGACCGAACCCGGUUCUUUCGUCUGCUGUCGUUCUUCUGUGCGGGCCAGCUGCUGUUCUGGACCUACCUGGCUCACUUUGCUUUUACCAACCUGCGAGACUCGCGACGCGCCCAGGCGCCCGAGAACACUGCGAUUUCAGGGGGACUGUUUGGCAUCGACGCAAAUUUAGGUUCUGGUGCCUGGAGGUACGGGUUCACCCUCUCGUGUCUGGCUGUAGGAGGAGCGAUUGUGGGAUUCGGUGUUCUCUUCUGUCGCCGGUCCGUCAGCCGGGUCAUCUUGCACAAGGGCGGCGGGACGGUCACCGUGACGACGCAGUCCCCCCUGGGGGCCGACAGGGGGCGGAGCCUUACCGUGCCGCUGGAGCAGGUGGCCUGCUACUCCCACAGGCAGGAGUCCCCCACUUUCAUCCCCCUGCGGGUCAAAGGUCACCGCUUCUACUUCCUGUUGGACAGAGAGGGGACCCUCAACAACCCCAAACUGUUUGACGUGACUGUAGGGGCAUACAGGCCUUUCUGAAGUGUGUGAGGCUGUGUGUGUGUGACUGUGUGUGUGUUGUGUGUCUGACUGUCUGACUGACUGACUGUUGGGGUAUACAAGGUGUAUGUGUGUGUGUGUGUGUGUGGCAAUACAUAUGCUUUCCACUUCUCCAUUUUCAGUUUGCUUGGAAAAUUAAGUUUCAUUUACUUCCACCUUCCACCAAUUAAAACAGGCUUGUUGUUUGGAACAAUAAAAUGUUUAUUUGCUUUGCUGACA